AUCUCGGUGGGCUGAGCCCCGGAGCCGGAGGAGGCCGGUGUGGCGGGGGACUACUGGAGGCGUGUUCUCGGGGAGGGGCGCAGGAGUGCUAUUUUCAGUUUGAAGGAAAUUGCAGUCAAUCUGAAUUGAUUGGUCCGGUGUUGUCUGCAUUCUUCUUUUGACCCAGAUGAUUUGGAGGUAUCGACUGUAAUCAACAAUGCAGACAAGGAAAAAGGGUGCUACAAGAAAUGCACAUGGGGAUCCUGCCAAUACUAAAACUAGUAGGCAACCCAGAAGAGCAAAUCAGGUUGCAGCUUCUGAAAAGAAAGUGAAUGAUCUCAUUACAUCUUCUGCCAAGAAGAAGAAGUCUGUUGGUGUGCCUUCUAAGAAAAAUAGAGCUUCGAAAGGUGGAAAGAAGUUGAUCUCCGCAUGUGAUGCAGCUGAUGCUGAAAAUGAAGUUACUCAGGUGGUCUCUGGUAUUUCCUCGGAUCAGAAGCGGUCAGAUGACAAUGUUGAUGGCAGGCCAUGUAAUUCCAUAUUUUCCCCUGCAUACCACCAUCAGAAAGAAUGUGGUGUGAGUAACUUUGCCAAAGGGUUAGAACAUAAAGGUGAUACAUUCGGUUCAGCUGGCUCAGUCGAAGAAAGAACAAGACAUGCUCAAGGUAGAAAAGAAGCUACUACCAUCAGAUCUGAAUCCAAUCAAAAUAAUGAAUCCACUAGCCAUGCAGCUCAGACUUGUGUUGGGAGCGAUCACCACACGAUAGAUGCACAAUCAACUUGUUGUAACACACCACUUGAAGAGGAUGAAUUCAGUGAACUUGGAAACCUUUCUUCAGAAGUAUCAGCAAUAUAUCUUGCUAUGCAGCAGUCUAAAUUGGAGUGCAUUGAUGAACAAAGUCAAGAUUCUAUCUCAACAGAAGGUUAUGUUGAUCCUGAUGACACUGAGGAGUAUGAUGAUUUUGAUCCAUAUGCAUUUAUCAAGGAUUUGCCUGAUUUAUCUCUAGUGGUUCCCAAGUUUCGCCCUGUCCUACUUCCCAAGCAAACUCGGAGUUGCCCCACAACUACCCUGGUACUUGAUCUGGAUGAAACACUCGUGCAUUCAACUCUUGAACCCUGUGAGGACGCGGACUUCGCGUUUCCAGUUUAUUUCAACUUCAGAGAACACACCAUAUAUGUCCGAUGCCGUCCCUACCUGAAAGAGUUCUUGGAGAGGGUUGCCAGCUUGUUUGAGACAAUCAUUUUCACUGCCAGUCAAAGCAUUUAUGCAGAACAACUUCUCAAUGUUCUUGAUCCUAAAAGAAAGUUGUUCCGUCAUCGUGUUUACCGUGAUUCUUGUGUCUAUGUGGAGGGAAACUACUUAAAGGAUCUAACUGUUCUUGGACGUGACUUAACUCGUAUAAUGAUUGUUGAUAACUCUCCGCAGGCUUUUGGAUUCCAAUUGGACAACGGUAUUCCAAUAGAAAGCUGGUUUGAUGAUCCUAAUGACCAGGAGCUGUUGAAACUGCUUCCAUUCUUGGAAAGCUUAGUUGGUGUUGAAGAUGUUCGACCAUAUAUCGCUAGGAAGUUCAACCUCCGGGAGAAGGUAGCGACCGCAUCGUCCCUCCCAAUGGAUUUGCAGAUGUGAUCCACUGUGCAAAGGAAUAUUUCUGUGCCCAGGUGGUAAUCACGGUAAAUGCAGAAGAGCUAUGGUGACUCUGUAGAUUGUAGGCUGUAGUGUAUCAUGAUCCCCCAUGUUGCAAAUCAUGUAUGUCUUUCAAACCACCAUGUACAAUGUUCUCCAGAUGUAAGUUUGUACUGGAAGAAUUUGGGGAUCCCAUGUAUGACUAAUCAAGGUUGCUAGUAGAUUCAUGGUGGCAAACUUUCCAGCAAUGCAGAUAAAAUCAUUCAAAAAAAAGAUAA